AUGUCGUCUGCCACUCGCAAGCCCAUGUUCGCAGCAGCAGCAGCCAUGGAUCUCAGCGCCUGGUCCCAAAACUUCUACAACGGCACCUUCACGUGGGAUGGCCAGGGCUUCACGGACGACCAUGGUGUGUAUCGCGAGUUUGAUGCUUGUGACCCGCUGGCGCGUGCGCCGACGCCGUUGCCCUCGGUUUUUGAGAGCGAAGGGGAGAGUGGGGUGCUGAAUUUGCAGGGUGUUGGUGAUGGUGUGGCAUCUGUCGGUUCUGAUGGCCAUGGUAGAGGACAAGAUGUGCUGGGACUGGGCUUUGAAGAUUGGUCAAAAGUCAAGGCCAUUUCAGAUGAGGGUCGUUCUUUCUCUUCCGUCUCGGAUGCCGAGCCUGCUAUCGAGGCGGCUAAGAUGCGCAACGAUUCGAUCAUCUCGAGCGGAAUCGAAAAAAAGGUCGUCGGUGAGAAGAUCAAGGGCGAUCAUGACGAAGCCCAGGUACCGGACAUCAGUAAGCCAACCCAAAAUGUCGGUCCGGUAUCUUCAGAUCUUCCCCAACCCACUGCAGUGGCGAAAGAGGCUGGAAAGAAACCGACCGUCUCUCCUCCCAAGGCAAAACAGACUGGAGUUCUGGGUAAGAGCAAGGGAAAGGCUCCAGUCAAGCGUAAAGAGCCCAACGUCUUUGCGACCCCUAGCUCAGGUAGAAUCAAGCUGAAGCGCAAGCUCUCGACCUCGCCCAAGAGAGAGUUUACAUGGAAUGCGUCUGUUUCCCAACCGAGUGGCACGAAUAUCCCCUUUUUGGGCAUGAAAAAGGGAACGCUUGCGGUCAAGAAGCCUACUGUGCCCGACGUGUCCGCCACAGCCAGCCCAGGCAAGAUGACCCAGAAACGCAGGUACUCGUCAGCCUCACCAAACACGGUGUUCGAACUCAGCCCAAAGUCGUCCUCGACCUCUGGCUUUUCCGACUGCCCAUCCAACCUCUCCGAUGCAAGUGCAGGAGAAUGCGCAAACACGACCGCCGCAUCCCCCAGCAAGAAACCCAGACUCUCCCCCAAGUCACCCAACAUCUACGCCAGCAGCCCCGAGCCCACCACCCCGUCGCCCAAACGCAAGGGUGUCGCGCAAGUCGUUGGCCGCAAAGCCAAGACCGACGAUGGCAAGACCAAUGCCGGGUCCAAGAUGGCCCCGCCUCCACGAAGGGGUGUCGCGCAGGUGAUUGUUCGCAAGAAGGAGGGGAAGGCGGCGGACAAGGGUUCUGCUGUGCAGACGGAAGGUGGGGCUGGGGAGCCGUCGUUGUUGGCGUUGCAUGCGGAUGGGUAUGGGGUUGGUGGGGGUGAGAGGAGGAGGUCGACGAGGCGGGGAGGGGGUAGGGGGGGGGAUGUGAGGUUUGGAUGA